AUGGGUGACUACAGUUACUCACAUUUUAGAGAAAUUGAUCUCUGGACACGUUACAUAACAUCUCUGUAUUUUGCCAUUGUUACCAUGGCAACUGUUGGUUACGGGGAGAUACAUGCCGUCAAUACCAGGGAAAUGAUAUUCAUUAUGAUCUAUGUCUCUUUUGAUAUGAUUCUCGGUGCUUAUCUUCUCGGUAACAUGGCAGCAUUGACUGUAAAAGGAUCGAAAACAGAAAGGUUCAGGGACAAAAUGGCAGAUCUUCUCAAAUAUAUGAAUAGAAACAAACUUGGCAAGCACUUAAGUAAUGAGAUCACAGAUCAUGUGCGAUUGCAUUAUGAGAGCCGCAGUUACACUGAGGCUGCUGUUCUUCAGGAUAUUCCAGAGUCUAUUCGAGCUAAGAUUUUGCAGAAGUUAUAUGAGCGAUGUGUUAGAAAGGUUCCUCUGUUUAAAGGGUGCUCUUCAGGAUUUGUCAAGCAGAUAGUAAGUCAUUGCCUACCACAUAAAGUGGAUUAA